AUAGAGUGCGAACAGAUACUUAAACAACUUAAUACAAAGUUACCAUUGUAUGGUUUAUUUUAUGCUGAUGUGGCUUGGAUGAAGUCAACGUUGACAGAGGAUAAGGAUGAUCUUGAAGAGACUGCAAAGAGGAUAAGUGAUUGCAAGAAACUGGCACGUUCAAUUCAAUUGUCACAGAAGCCACUAUAUCUAAAACAAGAGAAGGAUGAGAAGAAGUCGGCAGCAGAUGCUGCAGCGGAUGGUGGAAAGCAAUGUCCACCAUCACAAUUCACAAAGGCCGAGUAUUUGAUCGGCAAACUUGUCUAUGCUGAGGCAAUGCUGAUGCGUGGCAUCAUGGAACUCAAACAACAGAGCAAUAUCAAGGCGGGCAUAUCAUUCAGGAAGGCUUGGAAGCAGUUCUAUCAGGCGUUGGAGAUCGUGCAGACAUUGCCACAGACAUUCCCCUGCUACCAACAUAUUGCCAGCUCAGCAUUCUACGGCGUGGGCAUCUUCCAUUUCCUUGUGUCGGCCGUCCCUCCCCAAUACGUAUGGCUGGUCGAGGGCAUUGGAUUCAAAGCCAAUCGCAUGGAAGGUGUACGCGAGCUAAAGUACUCUGCCGACCUUGUCGUUGGAAUCAGAUCUACACUAUCCAAGUGCUUCUUCACAAUGAUAUACGCAUUCUUCUUUGAAGACUUUGAGAGGGCUGAAGAGACAAUGAGAGAGUUGCUGGUGAGCUUCCCAGACAGCGCAAUGAUCAACUAUAUGGCCGGAUCAAUCGCAAGAAAGAAGGGCGACAUUCCAACGGCCACUCUAUCAUUCCGCAACGCUUUGAAGACUGCCGACAGACUCAAACAACUGCAGCUUUACAUCGAGUCGGAGCUGGGCUACAACGAGUUCCUCGACCUGAACUGGGUGGCGGCCGAGCAGUACCUGGCCAAGUUCCUGAAGGAGACGACCAGCUCGGGAUUCAAGGCGUACAUCGCCUACCAACUGGCCUACUGCUACGAGAUGCAGGACAUGCGCGAACAGGCGCUCGAGAUGAUGAAGUCCGUCGACAAGACCGUGCGCAAGGGCUACGACUUUGACGAGUUCUCAUUGCGCAAGGCCAACCGAUAUAUCAAGAACAAGCAGUUGACACAAUUCGAGCGACACUACACAAGAGCUUCGCUACUGAACGAGGCACACAGAUUCCAAGACAGCAUCGUUGAGCUUGAGGCUGCAUUGGCGCUCACUCCACUCACUCACGAGGAGCUAGGUGCAGGAGAGUAUCUCAUGGGCUACAAUCUACAAAUGUUGAAUAUGUUGGAGGAUUCAAAGAAGUAUUACUUGUUGUCAAUGGCACAUGAGAAACACUUGCAGUAUGAUCAUUUCAUAUUGCCAUAUGCCAAUGUUGGUAUGGCAGAGAUAAUGCUUCAUGAGGACAAGAAGGCAGAGUGCAGGGCUUUUAUCAAAAAGGCAAAGGGCUAUCAUUCAAUUCAAUAUGAUUUCCCUGCAUUAUUGGAUUGGCGAGCAAGGAAGUGUCUUCAAAUGCUUGGUGAG